AUGUCAAAGAAUAAAAAGCAAAAAUUUAAUACAGCUAUUUUUGAAUCACGAAUUAAAAGUCAAAGUCCGUUGUUAUAUCCUUCCACUAUACCAGCAAUAAAAAUAUCGAAUAGUUAUAAUUCAAGCGAAUGGAGAAAUGUUCAUCAAAAGCUACAAGAAAAUAAAAAACAGCUUAAAAUAGAUAUAAAUUAUGCUAAAGUUUUUAGUAGAGUUUGUCAAUUUGAAACAUUAUAUUACGAUAUACAAAAGCAAACUUUUAUUUCUGAUCUUGAAAGAAAUAAGACAAUAACUAAAUUGAUUAGAGAAUCUAUUCCCGAUGGAAUAGUUACAGAAAUUUCACGUUGGAGGAAG